AUACUUAACAUAUGAUCAAACACACAUACACACACACACACACAUCUAUACUGAUGGUGUAAGAAGUGUGAGGAUCAAUCAGUAUAACUGAUGUAAUUAGUGACUCCUGAUCAGACAAGGCUGAAUAGUUGUUUUUCACUCUUUUCGAUUCUCUGAUUUUGAACUUUGGCUAAAGUAUAGAUUUCGAAAGCUUUGGGAAUUGUAAGGACUGGAAUUCCUCAGUAAUCUACUUUUCAUCCUUGUGCACAGAAGAUGAGUGAAAACAUGGACCACAAUAAUGUUGCUGUAGAGGAGAAAAUGUCCUGUUGGUUAAAAGAUGAGACUCGGUUGCUGGCUGAAGACUACAUCGACUUCUGCACCGGGAUCCAGCGGACGCCUCCCAGCGAGUCGGCCAAGGCCAUGCGCCGUUUGGCGAAGGAGCUGGAGCACCAGUACAAGUCCAAGUUCCUGUCUCUGUCAGACAGCUUCCUGUCGUCGUGCGGCUCGAACAGUGAGCCGAGCGCCUGCCUGCGCAGCAUCAUGACCAAGAUGGUGGAGGACGGAAAGCUGAACUGGGGGAGAAUCGUGUCGCUGUUUGCGUUCACGGGUGUCAUCGCCACCAAGAUCUUCUCCAGAGAAGAUGGAGUGAACAGCUGCAGGAGGCUCGCAGAGACCAUCGCUGAUUACCUGGGCGAAGAGAAGAGCGACUGGCUGCUGGAGAACGGAGGCUGGGACGGUUUCUGCAAGUUCUUCCACAGCGCCGGUCACGUCAGCCAGGAAUCGUCCAUGAAGACGGCGCUGUUCGCGGCCGCCGGAGUCGGCUUAGCAGGACUCACCUUCCUCCUGGUGCGCUGAACCGCACUCCUGCCCUUUAUCCUGCUUUCCUUUUCUUUCUCGCUGCCACUUUCUGCUCGUUUCUGUUUUAAAGUUAUCAGCAGAACUUUUAAACUUUUACACCAUCACUCAUCAUCUCACUUAAUUAUGACAUUGCUCAUGAAAUUCAUUCAGAACUGUUAUUAUUAACUGUUAAGUCUUAUUUUUAUUAUUUUUUUUGCGUAUGUCACAUGGUGCGGUUUUAUUUUUGUAAAGAUUACUCCGGGGAGUGGUGUGUUCUCGUUUAGGUUCGAUAGCAUUUCAUCUUUAUCUGUUGUGUUCAGAAAGUUUGUUCAUCCAGCGAGCUGACCGGCUAACACGAACCCAUCUGAUUUGAAAGCGAGUCUUCAGCAGCGUCUCAUUACUGUACGUCAAUGUGUGUUCGUUUACAUAUCAUUUUGUGUCUUAUUCUUUUUCUCUCUUGCAGGGGUGGAGUUAACUCGUCCCUCCUGUAGGAGUUGAAAUAUUGUUUCAGAAGGUGCUAGUUUAUUCCUUUAGCAUUUCUAGGGAUAGGAUUUUUUUCCCCCCAAUUUAAAACCAUUUUCAAUUUCCCUUGUAAAUUUGUAUUUAUUUUACUUUCUGAAGAACAAAUCAUAACUAUUUAGGCAAUUUCCCUACUUUGACAAAAUUGUAUUUUUGCAUUUUUAUUUAUUUAACUUUCUUAAUAAAAGAUGUCAUUACCAUAAACCUGACUGCAUUAGAAAUGACUCAGACUGAACCCAGAUUAGCAGGAACAUGUGGUGACCUUUAGUUUUUAACCUGAGUUUCUUUUGAAAGGGAAAAAAAAUCCCCAAGAGUACAGAGUGAAACUCGGUGCUCUUUAGAGCUCAUGGUGAUCUACAUUUCAUAAUAAAUUU